GCGCGCGCGCGCACUCAGCGUGUCCAAACCCUCAGCGCGCGGUGGAGAGACCAGUGCGAUUCCGCGCUCUGUCAUUUCAGAACUGCUCUCUUUCUCUCUCACACACUCACACUCACACGGGCGCGCGCGCACACACACACACACACACUCUUCUGUGGCGGAACACGCGCCUGUCGCUCUGUGAUUCUCUCCGCGUCUCUGGGACUUUUCGCGCACACUCUCUCUCCUCGCCAGAAAGCGGCUGACGGACAGCACCGAAAAAGCCUCUGGAUACAGAUUGACCUCAGAGUUGAAAGGGUCAAAGGUCAUGACCUUACUUUGAUCCCAGAUCCUUCCCUUCCGCUCUCGUGACCUCAUGUUCAACACUUUCCCCAACAAGUCCAGGGCGCAGACGCCGGUCGGCAUGGAGAAGACGUACUCCCUCACGGCGCAUUACGACGACUUCCAGGAGAUCAAGUACGGGAGCCGCUACAGCAGCAGCACGCUGAGCAACGGCAUGAGUUUGCACCUGGGCGGAUCCCUGGACCGCGGCAGCCGAGGCCGGAGUGGGCGGGACAAAUGCGUGGGCGGGGCCGGCCCCGGGGGCGGGACUCCGGCCCGCUGGAGCCGGCGUGAAAUCUGCCUGCUCUCGGCGCUGGUGUUCGCGGCGGGAAUGUGCGUGAUUCUCGGAUGCAUGUUGGCGCUGAAGUUUCUGUCGUUAGAAGCGCAGGAUUCGCAGUGCAGGCAGGACUGCGUCAAGCGGCGCUCGCUGCUCCGGGCGGCCCGUUUCGUCCAGGGGAACAUCGACCCGAGCGUCCAGCCCUGUCACGACUUCUACAGCUUCGCGUGCGGAGGAUGGCUCCGCCGACACGGGAUCCCGGACGACAAACUGAGCUACGGGAUCAUCACCGCCAUCGGGGAACUGAACCAGGAGAAGCUGCAGCGCCUCCUACAGGCGCCGAUCCAGAGGAACGAGCCGAACAGUGCCGAGAGAAAGGUGAAGGAAUUCUACCGCUCGUGUGUCAACAUGAAGGAAAUCGAUCGUCUGGGGGCAGGGCCUAUGACUGAGGUGAUUGACAGCUGUGGUGGGUGGGACCUGUCCGGAGCUCCUCCCGGAGGGGCGGGGUGGGACAGUAGCUCCGCCCCCGUGAGGCCGGAUUUUAACGAGAUGCUGUACAAGACGCAGGGUGUGUACAGCACAUCUGUGUUCUUCUCUCUCACCGUCAGCGUAGACGAUAAAAACUCGUCGCGCAACGCCAUACGGAUCGAUCAGGAGGGUCUGACUCUGCCGGAACGGACUCUGUAUCUGGGACAGGAUGAAGACAGUGUGAAGAUUCUGGCGUCCUAUAAGGCGCUGAUGGAGCGAUUGCUGAGCAUGCUGGGAGCUCAAAACGCCACGCUGAAGUCUCGAGAGAUUCUGGAUCUGGAGACAAAACUAGCAAACAUCACAGUGUCUGAAUAUGACGAGCAAAGAAAAGACAUGAGCAGCAUGUACAACCGAAUAACACUGAGCCAGCUGCAGAAAAUGGCUCCGAGCUUCCACUGGAAGCGUCUGCUGGACCGGAUCUUCAAUGAUCAUUUCUCCGAGGACGAGGAGAUUGUGGUUUUGGCCACUGACUACAUGCAGACGGUGUCGGACAUCAUUAAAACCACGUCCAAACGGGUUCUUCAUAACUAUAUGUUGUGGCGUAUCGUAGCCGCGUUGAGCGAGCAUCUCUCCACGGCGUUCCGCAGCACCAUCCACGAAUUCUCACGCGAGAUCGACGGCACCGAACAGCAGCUGGAUCUGGGACGUCUGUGUCUGAAUCAGGCCAACAAACACUUCGGCAUGGCGCUCGGCGCGCUCUUCGUUCAGCAGCAUUUCUCCUCCUCCAGCAGAACCAAGGUACAAGAGCUGGUGGCGGACAUUAAGCAUUCAUUAGAUGUGAGACUACAGGAGCUCGACUGGAUGGAUGACGAAACCAAAGACGCUGCCAGAGCAAAGCUGCAGCACAUGAUGGUGAUGACCGGUUAUCCUGACUUCCUGUUGAAGCCUGAACUCAUUGAUGAGGAAUAUGCAUUUGAUGUGAACGAGAAGACGUACUUCAAGAACAUCCUGAACAGCAUCAAGUACAACAUCAAACUCUCCGUCAAAAAGAUCCAUAAAGAGGUGGACAAGACGACGUGGCUUCUUCCACCACAGGCUUUAAACGCGUAUUACCUGCCAAACAAAAACCAGAUGGUUUUUCCUGCAGGAAUUCUCCAGCCGACCCUCUAUGAUCCGGAAUUCCCUCAGUCACUGAAUUAUGGAGGAAUCGGUGCGAUCAUCGGACACGAGCUCACGCACGGAUACGACGACUGGGGUGGGCAGUACGAUCGCUAUGGUAACCUGAAGCAGUGGUGGACGGAAGAGUCAUACAGGAAGUUUCAGAAGAAGGCGGAGUGUAUCAUUAAACUCUACGACAACUUCACGGUGUACAACCAGAAGGUGAACGGGCGUCUGACGCUGGGUGAGAACAUCGCUGAUCUGGGCGGACUGAAGUUGUCUUAUUAUGCGUAUCAGAAGUGGGUUCGUGAACACGGGCCGGAGCGUCCUCUCCCAGGACUCAAAUACACACACGAGCAGCUGUUCUUCAUCGCGUUCGCUCAGAACUGGUGCAUGAAGAGACGAUCGCAGUCGAUUUACCUGCAGCUGCUGACGGAUAAACACGCACCUGAACAUUACAGGGUGAUCGGCAGCGUGUCUCAGUUCGAGGAGUUCGGCCGUGUGUUUCACUGUCCCAGAGGUUCGCCCAUGCACCCCCUCAACAAGUGCGCCGUCUGGUGACCUUUGACCCCUGAAGGUCUCCUCACGCCCUCGUGAUCCGAGCUGCUCCCUCAUCGCAAUCCAGUCACGACACGUUUGAUGUUUACAGCGUUUGAUCAGAAACCGACCUGCGCUCGUCAUGUGCCAUAUCUCCACGGAUCUUUCCUUUGAAAUGUUUAUUUUUAUAUUCUGAUGCGGAGUGCGUCUGAUGUGUGUGUGAGAGACGCGUCGCUGUAUCGUAGGCAUGUUGACGUUUUGAUAUGACGUGUUUGUCAGAGAAGUUUGGUGUUUUUUAAGUAGAAUCGGGCUGCUGGACUGACUGAGGCAAAGAUCAAAAAACGUCCACAAGCUUUUCUCAAAUCACAUUUUUAAUGUGAAUGUCAAUGUCAAUCUUGUUUCACACUCAGGACAAUGACCACGUGGCAUUCUGGGAUACUUCCAGACUUAUUUUUGAGAUAAAAAUGAGAGUUCAUGUUCCUGAUGUGAUUGUUUAUGUGAUGUGACCUUUUUGUGUUGGAAGAUGUUCUUUUAAUUUCUCACAGAUGAAUUCUGGACUUCAAAAUAACCCCAAAUAAGAUUUAUGCAACCGCAGCCUCUCUCCAGUGCGAAGAUGGGUUAUUGUUACAGGACUUUAAUUUUGUAUAAAGUUUUUGCUCAUGAAAGAUGAAAGAGUAACUUUGUACAGAUUCAUUAUAUGAGAGUUUAGAAAAAUGUACAGGUCAAAUAAAGCAUGUUUCCUGUAAAAAAAAAAAAACAAAACAUAAAUCACACACAAACUAAGACAGGACUUUACUGUGUUCAAUGAAAACCUGGAAAAUGCUCCAUAAUCCAUGUUUGGAAUAAAAUAAAAUCACAUGCAACCUU